AUGGGGAAGAGCCCGUCAAGCAGCAACAGUUUAAAAGUACCGCGAUCAAACCAAAAUAACAAUCAACAGCAACAAGCAACUAGCGAUGAUCUUAAUUCAAAUGAACCUAACGACCCCGAUGAUAGUAGGUCUCCUACUAUCAGCCACAAGACGAGGAAUAUAAACAUUCCGAUUUAUUAUAAUGACCAUAAUCAAAAGGUCGUAAAGGACAAUGAUACUCGUGUAGAUUCAAGUGUAAGGAACAAAUACAAGAAUUCUUACUUGGACACGAACGUCAACCUUCAUGGAUCGAAUGACUUCAAUUUGGAUAUUGAUAUAUCCUUAGCGAAAUCUUUUGCUUCUUCCACAACUGUUACUACCUAUAGUGACUACUGCAGUAGCACAAGCAGCAACAGUAGCAACAGUAGUUAUGCUAGUAAUGUAAGCGAUACAAAUACCCUUUUCACUACUAACACAGAUAAUACUACUGCUUCGGCACAGAUUUCAACCACUUCCAAACCAAGCAGCCAACAUAUCAAAGCACAUGAGCAUUUGAAGCAUUCAGUGUUUGCUGCAUCGAAUUCAACAUCGAGCAACUCCAAUAAUGCAAAUUACUUUUCAAUUCAUCAGACUCCUUCUUCUGUUUUGUCUGCAGGUUCCUCUAACAGCCCUCUCAUUUCCCCAUCACCUGUGAACUCCAUUAAAAAUUCGAAUAAACAAAACUCCCACACAAGUGGAAGUCAUCUAUCAACUUCAUAUUCAUCUAUCCCUAAUAAUAGAUCGACCUCGAAACCUGUAUUUUUGAAGAGAUACCCAACAGAUUCGUCGUCGACAGAGGGAUUGAAUGUAGAUGAUGCAAUUGAGAAAUUAUUAAAACUAGGAGAAACAAGAUAUUAUAAAUCAAAGGAUUUUUCUUUCCAUUCGUGGGAGAUUCAAUUGAUUUGUUACCACGCAAGAGAAAUUUUAUUGUACCAGCCAUCUCUAUUGAAACUACAAGCACCAAUUAAAGUGGUAGGAGAUGUUCAUGGUCAAUUCACUGAUUUACUAAGAAUUCUAAAACUAAGCGGUGUCCCUCCAGAUACCAACUAUUUGUUCUUAGGUGAUUAUGUCGACCGUGGUAAACAAUCUUUGGAAACUAUUUUAUUGCUUUUAUGUUAUAAGAUUAAAUACAGGGAAAAUUUUUUCAUGCUUAGAGGCAAUCAUGAAUCCGCAAAUGUAACAAAGAUGUACGGUUUCUACGAUGAAUGUAAAAGGCGGAAAAAUACCAAAGUUUGGAAGAUGUUCGUUGACGUUUUCAACUCAUUACCAUUUGCAGCAAUCAUACAAGAUAAAAUAUUCUGUGUCCAUGGUGGUAUUUCCCCAGAAUUGAAUUCAAUGUCACAAAUCGCAAACAUCAAAAGACCUACUGAUAUUCCCGAAGAAGGAUUCCUGACAGAUAUCCUAUGGAGUGAUCCCAACCCACAGACACAAACCUGGUCGUUGAAUGAUAGAGGUGUGUCCUUCACAUUUGGAAAAAGGGCAGUCGCUGAUUUCUGUUCCAAGUUCAAAUUCGAUUUGAUUAUCAGAGGUCACAUGGUUGUGGAGGAUGGUUAUGAGUUCUUCGCUAAAAAGAAACUAGUGACCAUUUUCUCUGCGCCAAAUUACUGUGGUGAAUUCGAGAACUGGGGUGCUGUCUUGAGUGUAACCACCGGUAUGAUGUGCAGUUUCGAAUUAUUGAAACCACAUUCAUUGCGACAAAAGAAAUCUAAGAAAAACAAUUAA